AUGGCGAACAGAGGGCCCAGCUACGGACUGAGCCGGGAGGUGCAGGAGAAGAUUGAGCAGAAGUAUGACCCUGACCUGGAGCAGCGGCUGGUGGACUGGAUAGUUGCACAAUGUGGAGGAAAUAUAGAGAGGCCACAAUCGGGCAGACCGAACUUCCAAAAGUGGCUGAUGGAUGGGACAGUGAGUAGUUGCAGUACCUGGGCUUAAAACUAAUGUUAUUUAAUUACUUAAGCAUAACAAUUAAGAGCCUAAUGACAUCAAAAAGUGUUGAAAAUGUGUUUUUUUCCCUUAUUGUCAUAAUUUUUCACCAAUUUCCUUGUUCUUUGCUUUGCAAAGAUUGACUUUCCACUGAGUCAUUACAAUGACAUUGAUGUAAAACUCUUCAGUCCCUUCAAGGAAAUGCUGAGCACUAUAAGACCUAAUUACCAGCCAAGCUUAAACUGCAUCCUACAUUGUCCGGCAGUGUCUUUACUCUUGGCACUGCAGCUGACUAUUGUUUGAGAAAUCUUUCAGGGAAAUCUAUCAGAAACCGGACAGAGAUAUCAAUUCCUGGCACUACAGCAAGUAGCUGAGGAAAUGUUGCUAUGCAGUAACCAAAAAAUCCUGUUUCAGUGACGGAAAUAAUUCAUAUUACAAAUCAGCCAGUAUAACUAAAUCGAAGAUAAAUUUUUACUUUAUCUUUUGAGGAAUGACUCUCUGAGGAAUCCUUGGCAGAGGAGGGGGGUUCAGAAAGUAAGAUAAGAGAAAGCUGGCACCAAAAAAUGAAAGUUUUUAAGCAUUUCAGAUGAGAGCGUUUUGGGGUGAAAUAGUUGUCAUUUCAGUUUAGUUGGUGUGUCAGUUAAGAUCGAGCUUCAAAUGCAUGACCGUCUUUGUUCCAGAUCCUCUGUAGGCUCAUCAACAGCCUUUAUCCAAGGGGGAAGGAGCCAAUCAAGAAGAUCCCUGAGACACAGAUGGCCUUCAAACAAAUGGAGAAAAUCUCUCAGUUUCUUCAGGCAGCUGAGGCUUAUGGAGUCACAACCACUGACAUUUUUCAAACUGUGGACCUCUGGGAAGGUGAUUAACCUCUGAGAACUAGCCCCUGUUGAAUGGUUAUAAAUUCAUUCAUGGUAGUUAUUUCUGACUCUAUGUAAUGGCGAAAUUCUUGAUUAUUCUGGCUUCAGGAAAGGACAUGGCAGCAGUGCAAAGGACUCUCAUGGCUCUGGGGAGUUUGGCUGUCACCAAGGAUGAUGGUCAUUACAGAGGAGACCGGGACUGGUUUCACAGGUAAAAAAUGAAGCACAAUGGGCUGAUCUCUACACUCACAAACUCACAGACUUUAAGCAUGAUCCCUGCCAUUUUCCCAGCAACAACUCAAGCAUGGAUGAGGCAGGAAAAAGUGCAGAUAAGGUCUGAGUGACAUGUAGUUCACCACCAAACCACAGAACAUUAAUAGAUUUGUUUGGGUUUUACGAUCAUCUGCAAGGGAUUAGCAUUUAUAGACUUUUUACAGUUUUACCACUAAUGUAAAACACUCAAAUAGAGACAAGGACAUAGCUGACAAGGACGUAGAGCCUUUCUUGUUUCCUUGUUUUCAUCUUAAGCCCGCACACACUGAAACACAUCCUUUAAAACCAUGAGGGCUAAGGUGGCAUGGUACAGAUUGAGUUUUGGCCUCUCAAACAUCUGCACACCCAUAAUGCUUUAUGUUCUUCCACCUCUGUUGCUAAUUAUUGUACGUUAUUUAUAGGAAAGCUCAAGGGUAUCGACGAGAGUUCUCUGAAGAGCAGCUUCGUCAGGGUCAGAGUCUGAUCGGUCUGCAGAUGGGUAGCAACCGUGGGGCUUCCCAAGCUGGCAUGACGGGCUAUGGUAUGCACCGUCAGAUCAUGUAGACCACUCAAUACCUUACCUGCUCCCCUGCUUCAAGUCAUUAUUUUCUACUAACACCACAAAAUCUGUAGCCUCCGUAUCCUCUCCAGCACCUUCCAUGUUAACCUUCACUUCCCUGGAACUGCUGCUUUCCCAAACAGAGUGAUCUAUCUUUGAAAAUGAUGUCAAACACUGUAGAGUUUCUUCUUCCAAUUCCCCUUCUGCUCCUCUCCUCUUUCCUCACAUGUGCUGUUCCCUUUCUUGCUUUAUUUCCAUGUGCAGAUGGUUGCCUAAUGUGGAGUCAUUCAAUAUCAAUUUAGUCUUUAUCUAGAUAAUUGAUAAUAAAAUCUCUCUUCAAAACAAGCCAUCAGUGUUAUACAAAGUCUUGAAAAGCUGUUAAAGCAUCUUUAGAGCUAUUUAUUUGUAAAUAUGUAAACAUUUAUUUCCAUUCAUCAUUGAUCAUUGUUUCAAGAGAAUGUGUUGCUGUGUAAUUAUUUAGCCUUAAACCUAAUGGAACUCAGUGACAGACGAUGUCUCUGCUAUCUUGUCGGUAGACUUGUUGCAGUAUCCUCUGUAACCAAAUCAACCUCACGUUGUGCCUGGUUAUGGGACUACAGAGACUGGGUCCUGAUUUAUUGUCUGCAAAUUCUAAAUGGGUUUCAUUCAUUCUGAGCCAUGCCUUUGUCAUUUGUUUGUUAGAUUACAUCUUUGUCCACUUUGUGUCCAAGCAAAUACAUGUGCAGUAGCCAACAUGUCUGACAGUGAUGUUUCCAUUUCUGGUGCCAGGUAAAGACAUAGUUUGAAUGUGCACUUUUCUGUAUUGUCAUGUUUAUAUUUUUGAAUAUAUUUAUAUCUGGACGCUUGUGAGAGGAAUUAUGUAAAAAUAAAGUAUGUAAACAUAUAUUUGUGUCAGUCUGUUUCACACACGGAAGUAUAUGAGUAUAUGCUGUGUGCUCUGAGUGGUUUCUUCUUAUCUUGGUUUUAUGUUUCUGCUUCUCCCUUGUGCCCAUCCCUGCUGCCUCUCCCCACUGUACACAAUCUAAUAAAGGGGCAGCAGCACAGCAUAAUGAUUAUGUCUGUUACUCUACCUGAGAGGCCUCAUCAAGCCUGUACCAGAAAGAUAUUGAACUCCUGGCUGGUCUAGCAUUACUUUUAAAUACCUGAUUGUACGUUUUGUGAGGUAUUUAGCAAAAGCAUAUCCACCAAAGCUGUCAGAAAAGCUUUGUACAGCUUUGCCAGCAUGUGUAAAUUCAGUAAUCAAAUGCUCACUUUAAGCAUGCACUAAAAUCAGUCCAGCAUGCAAAUCUGAGAGACACGUCUACUUAGAUAAGCAAGCGAUCUUGUCAAAGGUAAUCUGGGUUGGGUUUUGAACUACAAAAGGUCAAGUUUUAUGUUGGUGAUCAACUUUAUAGGCUCAAUUGUUUGUGACUGUUGACAUUUAAAGCACAUAUACAAGAAAAGCAUGCCUGAAUUAACAUUUGAAGCCUCAUUCAGUUGCUGUACAGAUCCUAUAACAUUAAGGUGCUGUCCUUGAAAUGUUAAAUAAUAACAACAACCCAUAUCAUAAAUGUUCAUAAAGCUGCUCUUUAAUUGCUUAAUUAAAAAGGAGUAUUGCAUUCUCCACUGUAGAAGUGCACUGACAGAAAAUAAUCUUCUGGUUAGGAUUUAUGUUAGCUUUUUUGUAACAGCAGACUACUCAUGACAAAGUAUGCAGCCUUGGGCAUGUCUGGCCUGCACAUACAGCUUAUUAUUAGCCUCAAACAGACUAGAGAGGCAUGAAGAGGGGCACAGGUGAUGUGUAACUGACCGGCUCAAUAAGUAAGCCUAAAACACAGUCAGGCCAAUGAAAAGGCUCGGAGGACUGAGGUCACUUUUGUACAAAGUUCUUGUCCUGUUGAAGUAUUCUUUGGUCAGAGUCUUGGCUGUUGUCGAUACUUUUGUGUCUGCCUGUUAGGGGACAUUUUAUAUGUUUUGUUUUAAGGUUUUUGCACCAGAGUUGCGAGGCAGAAUUAUGUACCAUCUUGACCUUCUUGCGGUGUAAUUUUUUUUAAGUUUGAAAGACAGGUGUAUCAGGAACAAUGCUACAUAUGAGGGUUAGAGUUACUUUUUUGCUCCUUUUAUUGAUGGCCAGGUGUGUUGCACAGGAGGAAGCACAAAAUAAAGGCUGUGUUUGUGGAUACCCUGGAAUACCAGGGGACCCUGGACACAAUGGGACACCUGGUAGAGAUGGCCGAGAUGGACUCAGAGGUGAAAAAGGGGAUCCAGGUAAGUCUAGACUUCAAAACUUUAGAACAUAACUUAUAUUCCUGUACAUGUCUUGAGUUUUAACUUCACCAUUCAAAAUAACAGUAAUUUACAACCCAAAGGUGAAAUUGGCCCUGCUGGACGCCCAGGCACUGAUGGACAAAAAGGAGACAAAGGCGAACCUGGUAUGUGUCUUCUGUUUAUACCAAAGGUGUAUGUGCUGACUCUACUCUAACCAGCUGUAUGCUCUUUAUAUGCAAAUACUUAAACACAACCACUUUUAUAUUUUCCUGGCCCAUCUAUACUUUCUGAUUCAUACACAUUUAACAUAAAGGGAUUAUGUGUGCUUGUCAUUUACAGGUGGAGUUGGCCAAGUAG